UAAAUAAGCCCAUCUCUUUGGUUUUUCUUCGCCUUCCACCACCAACUUCUUGUACUUACCUGAAAACUCCAACACAGCCAAUCAAUCCAAAGCUUCUGCCUUCCUAUCAACCCAAUACUAGUCGAAAAAAUGGAACCCGCUGAGUUAACGCAACUCGAAUAUCUACUUUCUUCAAACUUAAACCAAUACCCUUCUCAUUUUGGCCUAAUCCACAACACCACACCAGCAUAUCAAUUUAACGGAUUAUCUAACAAUUUGUAUGAACUUCCCCAAGUUCAAGAAUUCAAUCUCCAGUCGACAUGUAACUCGACUUCGGAUGAAGCUAACGAGCAACAGGUUAGGAUAAUAAACGAGAGGAAGCAACGAAGAAUGAUUUCAAACAGAGAAUCUGCACGGCGAUCACGUAUGAGGAAGCAAAGGCACCUUGACGAGCUUUGUUCGCAGGUCGUCCGGCUCAGAGCUGAGAAUCAUCAACUGAUAGACAAACUGAACCAGGUUUCGGAGAGCCAUGAUCAAGCUAUACAAGAAAAUGCUCAGCUUAAAGAAGAGACUUCUGAACUUCGUCAAAUCAUCACAGACAUGCAGCUCCAUUGGAGGGUGUGAUUUUUGGUCUUCCCUUUAUGUCUCUUGUUCUUUAGUGAUAUCUUAAUUAAUGAAUAAACGAUAGACUAAUUUAUAUU